AUGUUUCAAAGGAUUAUUGCAUCUGUACGAACGAAACUUUAUUCACUAUGGACAUUAAUAUUUAGGCAAGCAAAAUGCCAGAAAUCAGGCUUAAUUGUCUUGUUGUUCCUAGCGAUUCAGUUGGGAGAAUUACACAACUUACAAUCAAAAUUAACAACAAUGAAUUCGUCCAUUCUCCCAGAUCACAAAUUAAAAAAGAACAUAUAUACUCCCCGAUUUGAUAAUAUUCCAAUUACUGAAUUUGUAGUCCGUGCAAUUCCCUUAAAUUCAGAUAAAGUGCUAGCAUCGGUUAAUGCUGAAGGAGUGAUGAUAAGCGUGAAUAUUGGGAGACAGGAUGAAGUACAGGCGCUGUUUCCAAUGCUCAAUAUUCUUGAUCAUUUUCCCAAGCAACCUUCUGAAAAAGAUAUUCAUAUUAUAAUUUAUUUAGAUAUUAAAACACCCCAGUAA